GGGGGCAGGGGUUCAAAGGCGGGAGGCACGGCCGGUGUGAGCGGCAGCGAGCGAGCGAGCGGACGGGGCGGCAGGAGAGGAGCGGCGGGGGGGCACCCGCGCCGGCCCGGCCCGGCGGCGAUGUCCAACGUGCACCUCUCCGGCGCCGCCGCCCUGGAGCGCCUCUCGGCCCGGAGAGCCCUGGCCGGGCACGGCCGCAGCCCCGUCUGCAGGAGCCUCUUCGGGCCGGUGGACCACGAGGAGCUGGGCCGGGAGCUGCGGGAGCGCCUGCGGGAGAUGGGCGAGGACGACCAGCGCCGCUGGGACUACAACUUCCAAACCGACACGCCGCUGCCCGGGCCCGGCCGCCUGCGCUGGGAGGAGGUGGAGGCCGGCGCCGUGCCCGCUUUCUACCGGGAGACGCUGCAGGUGGGACGGUGCCGCGUCCCCCUCCUCCGGGCGCCGCCGUCCCCGCCGCCGCCGCCGCCCGCCGGCAGCAAGGGGCCCGGGGCGCGGCUGAGCCGGGAGAACCGCGCCGCGCCCCGCCGCCGCGGCGUGCGGCUCCGCCGGAGGGGCCCGACCGCCCGCAUCACAGAUUUCUUCGCGAGGAGAAAAAGGCCGGCGGAGCCCAAGGCGGCGGCGGAGCGCCCCGCCGGCUGCCCGCCACCCCCCGCCGCCGUGCCGGCUGAGCAGACCCCCCGCAAGCGGCUCCGGUGAGCCAGCCUUUUGCACUACUGCACCCACGGGAGAGGCGCGCCGCUGCGGGAGGCGCGACGCCCCGGAGGCGCGGGGGGCCGGGGCGGGCGGCGAGGCGAGCCGGGACCCCCCCGCGCCCGCCCGGCCCGGCAGCGGCACCGGAGCGGGGACCGGAGCGGAGCCGCAGCGCCGGCCGCGCACGGAGCAGUGUUAUCGUACAACAGUGCAAUGUAUGACGUUCUGUACAGACAUGUAUUAAUGCCUAAUGUGAGUACACUGGCCAGAAGUGUAAAGCUUUAAAAGUCAUUUAUAAGAAAUGUUUAAUCUCUGCUGAGCUCUCAGUGCAAAAAAAAAAAAAAAAAAAAAAAAAGGAAAAAUUAAAAAAAAAGUGUAUAUUUGUACAAAACUUUUUUUAAGAGUUAUACUAACUUAUAUUUUCUAUUUAUGUCAGAAACGUGGAUAACUUUGACAUCCAAUAGUCUUUUUUUCUUUUGGUUAAGCCAAAGGGCACUAUAUUUGCUUUUGUUAUUCACAAAAUGUAAAUUUAUUUUUAUAGUGGAUUUUUUUUUUUUUUUUGCAUUCAGAAGAUGUAGCUAUGAAUCAAAAUAUUUUUUAGACUUUACUUGAAGACAAAUCUGUUUCAAUGGAUCCUGAGCCGGUCUGUACCACUGCCAUUGCAAAUAAUGCCACAACUUCAAUAAUAAAAUUGAAUAAACGUCAGGAAACGGC